AUGUUAUUUACGUGGGACUAUAGAAACACAUGUGUUAUCUUCGAGUGGUGGCAUAUCCGCUCGUUUAACUCUUUCAUCCUUUCCUUGAUUGCCCUUGUCAUAAUAUCUGCGGGCUACGAGUUCAUCAAAUCCGCCAUUGAGCUGUGGGAAAAGUCUCAUUCCAAUACAUUAACUGGGGCAACCGUCAAUUCCAGUGCAGUGGCCAUAAGGCAAUACAAAUUGAAGCACUCGUUAUUGUAUGGGUUCCAAGUUGGAUACGCCCUUUUGUUGAUGUUGGUGUUCAUGACAUACAACGGCUGGAUCAUGAUAGCGGUGGCUGUAGGUGCUGCAAUUGGAAAUUAUUUCUGGGGAGGCUUGGGCAGAGAUUCUACUAGAUCUAUAGCCUGUCACUAG